AUGGGAGGUAAUGUAGCGUAUGUCGAGCUCUUUGGGGCUUCGUCGAAGGCGACAUUAGGACUCUAUGCGGGUAUACAGCCACAGGAGCUUGAUGUGGUCGUUCGUACAGCAUUGAGACACUAUGAUGGCGUGUGUACUGGCUUCCAAGUGACACAGGAGACGCCACGUUCGAGUCGCAAGAAACGCCAUUCAAGAUCCAUUCCACGUCUUGUGCCGCUGUCUGUGGCAUGUAAAGCACCGGAACUACUUAUAGGACACGUUUGUGCUUUAUUUGCACCAUUUGCAAGCUCUCAGACAGCUUGGAAGGCUGAGAACGAGGCGAUAACGUCUCGAAACGAUGUGGAGAGUUUGCAGAAGCUCUUACAGGCGCUAGAAAGCGAGGAAAAGCUUUCUGGCUUUGAGUUCGCCAUGCUACAACACUUGUGUGAACAACAAAAUGCUCAGGUACUUGCUGUAAUGAAUGGGACGCUGUCAGUGGACAAAAAGAAGGAAUUUCUAUUGCAAAUGCUGCAUCCAAAGGACGGUGAAGAGCUACAGAUGCCUAGAAAUCAAGUACAUCAACAGAAGGAAAAGAAGACGCUCUAUGGUGAGCUAGUGGCCAAGAAAGUGGCUGUGAUUGGCACAAAAGCCAUUCGUCCACAGGUUCAGAAGCAGAUUUUAGCUCUUGCUGACGAGAUCAGACAGAAUUGGAAGACGGACGCGACGAAAAACAAGUUCAUUGAUACAAUCGAGCUACUGACUAUUGUAGAAAAGUUGCUAGACCAGCAUAUGCUGUCGGAGGAACAUGGUACACACUUAUUGGAGCUCAUUGUGGGUGAGAACAAGAUGCUAUGGAGCGCACUGCAGAGCUACAGAAAAGACGGAGGGAGUUUGUUAGGUUUGAAGGCAAUGGCCAAAAGACUUGCAGCAGCUGAGAAUGAACCGUCGAGACCGAUUACAAGUAAGAAAAGUAAAGGAAAAGGUCCGAGAAAAGGAACGAGACAGGGCAAUUUUUUGGUGAGGAAGAGAGUGAGAAACGCACCUGCUGUUGCUGCUACGACCUCGGCGGCAGUAGCUGCAGUGACAUCUUUGCAUGCUCAACAUUUGCUGACGAGCUUGGAGUUGGAUAUUAUAAAGGCUCUGAUUGAGCAAGAGGAUUCUCAGGUGCUGCACACGUUGCGGGCCUUCAAACAGAGCGAUUAUCGCAAUGUUGGGGCGCUUCGAGACGCACUGGUUAGUAUCGUAGAAGAUUUUACGAUGGAAUUCGGCGACGAAGAGAAAGCAGCUGCUGCCUUUGCAUGUGGUAUGGGCGACGCUGUGCGAGAGGAUAGUCAAUGGAAAGAUAGCGACGACGACAGUGGCUUGUUGGAAUGGCAGCGACACUUGAGCUUCUUGUUAGGACAAUGGCAAUGUCAACAGGAGCUGACACCAGCGGAUGCAAGCGCGUUACGUAAAUUGGUAUUCCAGCGACACAACUUGCUGGAGAGCGCUUACGAGGCUUACGCAGCUGAUGGUGAUGCUAGCGAGCUUUUGGAUACCUUGCAACGUGUAGCCAAAUUGCAGCGGCAGAUUGAGCAAUGCCAGACUGGACAAAAUGGUCUGAAUGGUGUGCCUGCCAGCGAUGUUAGCCUUGAAGAUGUUGUGCGUGAGAUGCAGCUGCGUGGGGUGUUACAGAGUGGUGAUGCUGCUGGACUUUUGGUAUUGUUUCAUGGUGAAAAUGAGGCUUUAAAAGCUGCGAAUGAGGCUUUUCAGGCUGACGGAGAUGUUCACGAGUUGGAAGAGACUUUAUUACUAGUAGUAAAGCAUGCGCACUUUGGACGUGAGAUGGAGGAGGGGGAGCCUGUUGACGAAGGUCAAGCUGUAUGUCGACUUCUCGCGGAUUUAGGAAGGAGUGAACGUCUAGAAUUGUGGCAGAUUCAAUUGCUAAUAUCGCUGUUAAAGUCUCAUGAUCCUCGUUUACUGGCUGCUGUCGACGUGUACCACGAGGAUCAGGAAACAAACGAACUUGUGGAGACGCUCGCAAUUUUGGUCGAAUUAGCAGCUUGGGAGCGCCAUCGCCGUGCAAUGGUGCACGAUUGGAUCCCUCCGUUGGCACGAAGUGGCAAGCUUUCUCGCGUUGGGGCAGCGCGUCUUGUGGAGAUGGUGAAUGUUCGUGAUGAUCGUGUCAUCGCAGCACUCGUGGUUUUCCUCAGCGACAACAACAAGGAAGAGUUUGUGGAUACGCUGGCUCGAAUCGCAUCCCUGGAGACUAUGAAGCUGCUUGAUGCUGAAGCAGCCGAAAAAAAGGAGGGGUAUCUACUUUUGGCUUUGUUGAAAGAGCUGAAAGAAAAGGGUACCAUGUCUGCUACGGAGCGUAAGCAGUUCAAGGAGUUGAUGUGUAGCGUCGAGCCGCAAAUGGUGACUGCAUUGGACCUUUCAGCAGUAACACAUGAUGCAACGGACCUCGUGGAUAUCGCACGCCGGGUCUUGGUCAAAGUGCAAGAUCACGGAGAUAUAGGGGAGAAGAGGGAGCUUGAGGAAGAUGAGUCAUUCUCAGAAGCUCCCGUGAGUAGCUUAGUCGCGGAGCAAGGAACAAUUGAAGAGGAGAGCUUUGACGACGAUGACGCAAAGGAAGACGUGUUGGAUGCACAAGUUCCGGUAGAAAGCCAUGAAGAUACUUUUGCCGGUGCUGAGGCUCAAGUAAAGUGUGAAUCGAAUGAGUUGACAGAGCAGCAAGAGACGGAAAAGACAGAGCAGGAGGAGAAGAAUAUUGAGGAAAUCAAUGCUCGCAUUGUUGAUGAGGACCAAGAACACCCGAACGGAUAUGCAGAGCAAGAAGACGAAGAAGAUGAUACAACUAAAUGA